AUGAGCGUCGUCGCGACGCCGACGGCCGAGGUGCGCCCUGCCCCCCGUCCCCCCGCCGGCCGCGGCCCACCCCGCGCCGCGCAGGUCACGCCGGCGCCGACGCCGCGGUCGAGCUCGAGCGGCCUCUUCGAGGUCGUGACGCUCCCCGACGGCACGCGGCUGCUCAUCGACGCGCGGAAGCUCGAGAAGCCGGGCACCGUCGACGAGUCGGAGCCGACGGUCCCCGCGGCGCCCGUGCGCCUCGACGACGGGGGCGGCAAGCACACGAAGCGCUACGCGCCGCGGCCCUACAAGGCCGCGCCGCCGCGGCGCCGGUCCGACCCGAGCCACUCGCCGAGCUGGAACCUGAUCCUGCCGACGAGCUCGGCGCCCGCGGCGACGACGCCCGCGCCGCCGCCGGGGCCCGACCCCGCGGCCGCGGCGCGCCAGGCGGCCCUGCGGUCGACGCUCGAGGAGGCGACGGCGCGCGAGGCCGCGCUGCGGGCCAAGCUCGAGGAGGCGACGGCGCGCGAGGCGGCCCUGCGCCACAAGCUCGAGCGCGCGGAGCGCGACGCCCAGGCGCGCGCGGCCCGCGCGCGCGACGCGCGCGACGCCGCCGCCGCCGCCGCCGCAAAGCCCGCGCCGGCCGCGCCCCCGGGCCCGACCAUCGACCUCGGCGCGCUGGCGCCGAAGCGCGUCGCUGAGAGCGACAAGGUGCCCCUGACGCCCCUGGCCAACGCGAAGAAGUUCCAGGCGCUCAAGUGGGGCAACACGUCGAGCGCGGGCGACGAGCUCGCGGACGCGCGGACGACGCACACGGCCGAGGACGCGACGCCGCCGCCGUCCAAGGCGCGCCGCAAGUCCUGGGUCGCCGGCGACGCCUUCAACACCAAGAGCCUCGACAAGGACGGCGACGACGCGUCGCCCGCGGCCGAGCCCCCCGACGCGGGGCCGAUCAAGCUCGCGGAGCCCGCGAAGCCCAAGCCCAAGGCGGAGAAGGCCGUCGAGGAGCAGGCGGUUCCGAAGAAGGCGGCGGAGAAGGCCGUCGAGGCGGAGCCCGCGCCCGCGCCCGCGAAGAAGCCCGAGCCCGCCGCGCCGCCGCCGCCGCCGGCCGAGGAGCUCAAGUCGCCCGCCGCGCCGCCGCCGCCGCCGGCCGAGGAGGAGCUCAAGUCGCCGAGCCUCUUCGCCGUCGAGCGCCCCAUCGCGACGCCCGCGAAGCCGGCGCCGAAGGCGUCGCCGUCGCCGACGCUGCGCAUCGACGUCGGCGACGACGCGCCGGCCGCGCCGACGAGCUCCUUCUCCCACUCGCCGGCGUCGACGCUCGCGUCGCCGCUGUCGCCGUCGACGCCGUCGCGCAUGCUCUGGGGCGACAGCGACAGCGACGAGAACGAGGAGGACGCCGCGCGCGAGGCGGCCGCGAAAGACGCGGCCGAGGGCUUCGAAGUCGUCGGCGCGAAGAAGAAGAAGGACAAGCUCCCCCAGGACCUCUGGGGCAAGGCGUCGCGGUCGAAGAAGGCCGCGCCGUCGCCCCGCAACGCCAACGACAAGGCGUCGCCCCCGAGCGCCAAGGCCAAGGGCGCCAAGGGCGGCUUCGGCUUUGGCGCGCGCGGCGCGCCGUCGCCGCGGUCGCCGCCGCGGUCGCCGCCGCCGUCGUCGCCGACGUCGCCGACGGCGCGCAAGUCCCUCGCCGCGCCGCCGACGAACGCCUGGGGCCAGGGCAACAAGCCCAAGCUCGUCGCGGAGGAGGAGCCCGCGAGCCCGCGGCCGCGGAGCGGCUCCGUGGACCAGGCGCCGCCGCCCGAGGAGCCGUUGAGCCCCAUGCUCGUGCUGCGCAGCAAGCCCGCGCCCGCCGUCGUCCUCGACGCCAGCGAGUACCCCGCCCCCGGCGAGAAGGUCGCGCCGAAGCCCGCGGCGCCGCCGCCCGCGCCCGCGGCGCCGCCGCCGCAGCCCAAGCCCGCCGAGAAGCCCCGGCGCGAGGCCCCGGCCAAGGCCGCCCGGCCGCCGCCGGCGCCCGCGCCGGCCUGGCCCCGCGGCAUGCGCCUCGAGCCCGCGCCCGCGCCCGCGCCGAAGCCCGAGAAGGCCAAGCCCGCGCCAAAGGAGGCCAAGCCCGCGCCCAAGGAGGCCAAGCCCGCGCCAGAGAAGGCGCCGCCCACGGAGAAGGCGCCGCCGCCGCCGGCCGAGGAGGCGCCCUCGAAGGCGCCCUCGAAGGCGCCCCCGAAGGCGCCCCCGAAGGCGCCCCCGAAGGUGCCCGAGGCGCCGCCGGCGCCCGGGGCCGACGAGCCCUCCGGCGCCGGCUGGACCGCGGCCGCGGCGAAGCCCAAGAAGGAGGCGCGCAAGGCCAAGGGCGCCGAGAAGCCCAAGAAGGUCGAGCCGAAGAAGAGCGAGGCCAAGGCGCCCGCGCCGGCGCCCAAGGCGCCCGCGCCGCGGCGCGCGGGCAACUCGUGGAGCGCGAAGCCGCGCCUCGAGCAGGACGAGGCCGCGAAGCUCUCGGAGGAGAAGCGCGCGCUGCUCGCGGAGAAGGCGGCCCUCGCGGAGGCGAAGCGCGAGUUCGAGGAGCAGAAGAAGGCCCUCGAGGCGGCCAAGCUCGCGCUCGCGGCCGCCGCCGCGGCGGCGGCGCCGCCGCCGCCGCCCAAGGCCGACGCGCCGGCGCCCGCCGCCAAGGCCGAGAAGAAGCCGAAGAAGGCCGACGCGGCGCCGCCCAAGGCGGACAGAAAACCCAAGAAGGCCGACGCGCCGCCGCCGCCCAAGGCGAGCGCGUGGGCCCAGGGCAAGCCGAAGGCGCUCGAGGAGCCCGCCAAGGCGCCGAAGCCCGACAAGGCCAAGCCCGCGCCCAAGGCGCCGCCGAAGCCCAAGGAGGUCAAGGCAAAGCCCGCGGAGGCGAAGGUGGAGGCGAAGCCGCCCGCGGCGAAACCCGCGGAGGCGAAGCCGCCCGCGCCAAAGGAGAAGAAAGCGGAGACGCCCGCGGACGACGGCUGGACGACGGCCCCCAAGUCGAAGAAGGCCAAGGGCAAGGCCAAGGCGGCACCGGAGCCGGCGCCCGUGGCCGAGCCGGAGCCUCAGCCGGAGGCUCAGCCGGUGGCCGCGGAGGAGGCGAAGGCCGAGGCGCCGCCGGAGCCAAAGGCGGAGGUCGAGGCUCCCGCGCCCGCCGCCGUCAAGGCGCCGAAGCCGAAGCCGAAGCAGAAGCCCGCGAAGGAGGCCGAGGCGCCCGCGCCAGAGAAGAAGGCCGACGCGCCAAGGUCCGAGAAGAAGACGAAGGCAAAGAAGGCGCCCAAGGCGCCCGAGGCGCCCGCCGUCGCGGCGCCCGAGGCGCUCGCGCCCGCGCCCGCGGCGCCGGAGCCCAAGGCGUCGGAGCCCAAGGCGCCUCUGGCCGCUCCCGCUCCCGCGCCGGAGCCCGCGGAGCCCGCCUCGCCGGUCACGACGAGCGCCUGGGGCAAGGGCAGGCCGUUGAAGAUCAUGGCGGAGCCGGAGCCCGCGCCGAAGCCCAAGCCGCAGAAGAAGGCGGCGGUCAAGGCCGCGCCCGCCAAGGCCGCGCCCGCGCCCGCGGCGCCCAAGGCCGCGCCCGCGCCCGCCCCCGUGGCGCCCAAGGCCGCGCCCGCGCCCAUCAAGGCCGCGCCCCCCGCCGCCAAGGCCGCGCCCGCGCCCGUCAAGGCCGCGCCCCCCGCCGUCAAGGCCGCGCCCGCGCCCGCGGUGCCUUCGCCCGCGCCCGCGGCGCCCAAGGCCGCGCCCACGCCAAAGGCCGUCAAGGCCGCGCCCGCGCCAAAGGUCGCCAAGGCCGCGGCCGCGCCAAAGGUCAAGGCGAGCCCGCCCAGGGAGGACGCGCCGAAGAAGGCGGCCGUCGAGGCGAAGGUGGCCGCGGCGCCGGCGCCGCCGACGGCGAUUCCGAAGAACUUCGACUUCGACGCGCCCCUCAUGUUCAUGCUGAGCCCCGCGCGGCCCGCGGCGAAGGAGCCGGAGCCCGCGCCGGUGAAGGCGACGCCCCCCGCGCCGCCGCCGACGCCCGCGGCGGCGCCGCCGCCCGCGCCCGCGCCGACGCCCGCGCCCGCGCCCGCCAAGGCCGCCAAGUCGUCGAAGAAGAAGGUGACGAAGAAGGACAAGGCCGCCGCCAAGGCCGCCGCGGCCGAGGCGUCGACGCCCGUCGCGCCGCCCGCGGAGCCGGCGAGCGCCGGCGUCGAAGAGUCGAAGGAGAGCGCCCCGGCGAGCGCCGCCCCCGCCCCGGCCCCGACGCCGGCCAGGGCCGCGCCCGCGCCCGCGCCAAAGCCCGCGCCGGCGCCGAAGCCCGCGCCCGCGGCGAAAACGACCCCGGCGAAGGCGGCCAAGGCCGCGAAGCCCGCGCCGGCGGCGAAGCCCGCGCCGGCCAGGGCCGCGACGCCCGACGCGCCCGCCAAGGGCGGCGCGUCGUGGAAGCCGACACCCGUGCGCGCGGCCGAGGCCGACGCGGCCGCCGACGGCUGGAACACGAGCAAGUCGGCCAAGGAGCUCAAGGCGGAGAAGCGCGCGAAGAAGCGGGAGCAGGAGGCGGCGCUCAAGUCGCCGAGCCUCUUCGCCGUCGAGCGCCCCGUCGCGACGCCCGUCGCCGAGGCCCCGGACUUCGACGCGCCGCUCCUCCCCGCGCGCGCGCGCGCGGCGCCGCGCGGCGACUUCGACGCGCCGCUCCUCGCGAGCCUCGUCGCGCAGCCGGCGGCCCCGGCGGCCAAGCCGGCGCCGAAGAAGGCGCCGAAGCCCGCCGCGGCGCCCGCGCCCGCGCCCGCGCCCGAGGACGGCUGGGAGGCGGUCAGGAAGGCGCCGACGCGCAAGGAGCGCAAGGCCAAGGGCGCCAGGGCCGCGGCGCCCCCGCCGCCCCAGGCGGCGUCGAGCGAGGCCCACUCGUAUAGCGCGGACACCCGCGACUCGGCGCCCGUCUCGUCGCUCCCGCCCCCCAUCGAAACCGCAUCGACCCGGUCGCUCCCUUCCUCGACAUCGACCCCGAAGAGCGGCGCGGAACCCGCGACGCCGACGACGCCCAAGCUCAAGGCCAAGGCGCGCACGGUCGACGACGUCCACCAUCCGCCGCCGCCGGCCUCGCCACAGAGCGCGAAGAGCGCCUGGCCGAUGAUGCGCGACGCGUCCAAGUUCCUCUUCUCAAGUUGAGCCCGCCCGACCGCCACCGCCGGGAUGAUUAUAUCCGAUAACACGGCGUCUAGUUUUUUAUGUCCGUGGGGACCCACUUCCAGGCCCGCA